GAUCAAGACUUUUAGCGCCAUUUGUGAAAAUGAAACUAGAUAUUUCUUUGCGGUGAUUUCAACAAAAGUUCAAUGUUGUUCUCGUUUAGAAAGACAGAAUUAUAACACUUAAAAGGACAAUGUUUUCAGCAUUUGCCAAAUUAAUAAGUUUCAUUUUGAAUGAUGAAGAAGAUGUUUCAGAAAACAAUGGAUUAUCAGCACAAGAAUUAAAUGAUGAAGACAAAGGAUUUGAUUGCACAGAUGAGAAAGAAGGAUUAUCUAAGAAUUCACAUGGAAAGGUGACUCACGUUUACAAUGAUUAUGGUCUUAUCGAUGGUGAGAUCUUUUUCACAAUCCAAACUGUCUUGUCAGAAAAAAGACUUGGUCUAGGUGAAGAAGUCAGUUACGUCGCAAAACGGGAGACCCUGGGCUCAGGUUGGCGCGCGACUCAGGUUGCCUUAGCAACCAGCUGGGAUUUUGAUGAAGAUGAUAAGGAGGAUAAAUCAAUAGUGGGGAUCAUCGAAAAAUUUAAUGGGGAAUUUGGAACCAUUAACGGACAGAUCCAGUUCAGUGUGUCGGCAGUAACCUUGGAAAACUAUGUUCCGUGUGUAGGGGACUACGUCACAGUGGAUGUGAUGAGGGUUUGUGGUUUGUUGGAGGCAAGCAAUAUUAAGCCGCUAAGGAUGUUUGAGAAGGAGGGACAGAUCUCCGCCGUGCAGCAGGACCAUGGGUACAUUGAUGGGGACACAUUCUUCACCCUGGCUGCCUGCUGUGAUGGAUUCAGUCCUCGGAAAUGGGACAGAGUGCAAACUGUUGUCAUUGAGAGUGCCCAAGGCCAGUGUAGCUGGAGGGCUAUAUCUAUCAAACCUGUGAUUGUCAACCCCUCUCUGAGUGUAUCAGCCUUUGCUAGUCCCAUGAAGUCAAGCUUCCUUGAUGAUCUCCAAAAAAACAAAAAUGGCAUUCAUGUGUCCUUGGAGACUGAUUUUGGGAAAGUAGAUGUGGGGGAGAAGCGUAAAUUGACCGUGUGGGUCCAGAACAAAGGGGAGACAGAACAGGUGUUUCUGAGGGCUCAUCUACCACCAGAAUGUAAACAGAUCAACAUUGAAGGUGUGAAAUACUUAAGUGAGCAUACAGCCAUGAUGAAAUCUGGGAAUGUUGAAGUCAAGAAGGGGAAGAUAACUCUCUAUCCAGCUAUGUCCUUGUAUAUAAAUCUAUCACUAGAAGCAAAAUUCCCUGGAACAGAGAAACAGCUUUUGGUGGUAACUUUUGAGAAGUUCCGUAUUGGACGGUACAUCACCGCUGAAAUCGCUGAUCCAUAUCAUAGUUUGGUACCUGUAGGGCCAGUCUACAAAAGUGAACAGAAAAUGUCACCCUUCACCAGAUACAGAACCUCAGCCAAUGCAGGUCAAGGAUGGGUGGUUCCAGGUGAACGACCACAGAGGGGUGGAAGGAAACACAUUUUGAAAUUACCCAAUCGACUACCACAAUACCCUGUGCCUCAGUUACUGCGGAACUUCGUUCUCAAUGGUGACCAGCUUCUGGAAAUCUGCCCUGAGCUCACACAGGAUUUGACCACUGAGAAUUAUGUGAAGAAAAUGAAGACCCUUCUUCAUCUGGAGGAGAUACAGAUGGAUAUAGACAUCAGAGAGUUUGACUUAAGCAGGGUUCCUCUUCGACCAGUAGGGGAGUUUCUGGGGUUAGGAGUACCCGGACUGGCAGAGGGACGACCCUCAGUGUUGCUAGGAGACAAGGUCAUGCUCUCUGACCCCUCUGAUCCUCAGGGGCCUGUUUACGAAGGUUACGUGCAUGAGGUUUUUAGUGAAGAAGUUCUACUGAAAUUUAAUUCUGAUUUUCACUUGGGCUACAAUGGGAAAGACUAUAAUGUACAAUUUACCUUUAACAGGUCUUCUAUUCGGAGAUGUCAUCAAGCAGUGCAGUUUGCAGCAAAUUUGGAUGAAAAUGUUCUGUUUCCCUCCAUCGUAUGCCCUCGCCCGUCUCAGCUGAAGAGAACCUCCAGUGCUCAAUGUCUGACCGGUCCAGUAGAAAGGAAUGGUCAGAGAUCUAAUAGGACAAUGCAGUUCUUCAAUCCCAGACUAAACCAGAAACAGAAGGUGGCUGUCUCUAGGAUAUUACAUGGACAGUCUCGACCAGUGCCUUAUAUACUCUUUGGACCACCAGGUACUGGUAAGACUAUGACAGUUGUGGAGUCUAUACUUCAGGUGCUGACCCAGAUUUCACACAGUAGAAUACUGGCCUGUACACCAUCUAACAGUGCUGCAGACCUUAUUGCAGAGAGGUUACACUUGAGUGGAGUUGUGAAGACCUGUGAUAUGAUACGCCUCAAUGCAUCACAGAGGAGUCAGGAGGGUAUACCAGCCAGUAUUCUGCCAUACUGUACAACUGGGGAGGAUCUCGACAUGGCGGCCCGAUACCGUGUAGUGGUCAGUACGUGUAUCACAGCCGGGUCAUUGUGUAUGUGUGGAAUCAAGGCCGGACACUUCACACAUGUGUUUGUUGAUGAGGCCGGCCAGGCAACAGAACCAGAGUGUUUGAUCGCUGUCAACUUUGCUGCUGGGGAAAACUGUCAGGUAACUUUGGCUGGGGAUCCCAUGCAGCUGGGACCAGUCAUAAGGUCAAAGUUUGCUAAAGGUUAUGACCUUGACCUUUCUUUCUUGGAAAGGCUAGUGGAAACACCAAUAUAUGCCAGAGAUGAAGCCAAGUUUUCUGACCAUGGGGCAUAUGACCCACUUCUAGUCACAAAAUUAGUAGAUAAUUAUAGAUCUCAUGAAGCUAUACUGACUUUGACAUCAAAACUAUUUUACUAUGAUGAGUUGAGGGAGUUAGCAGAUAGAGAACUUACACAUUCCCUUUGUCAAUGGACAGCCCUGCCCAGAAUGGGCUUCCCUGUCAUAUUCCAUGGAGUCAGGGGUGAGGAUCUGAGGGAGGGAAACAGUCCCUCCUGGUUUAACCCUGCUGAGGUUGUACAGGUUGUGAGGUACCUACAGGGGGUACAGCAGGAACAGUCAGUAGCUCCUGAGGACAUUGGUAUUAUCACACCCUACAGAAAACAGGUGGAAAAGAUUCGUCUCUUGAUUGACAAGCUGGGAAUGGAGAGGGUCAAAGUGGGGUCUGUAGAAGAAUUUCAAGGUCAGCAGAGGAAGGUCAUCAUCAUAUCCACUGUUCGAGCCAAUGAGAGAAUGAUUGGGUUUGAUAAGAAGCAUACGCUAGGUUUCCUCAGUAACCCCAAGAGAUUUAAUGUUGCCAUCAGUAGGGCACAGGCUCUCCUGAUUAUUGUAGGCAAUCCUUAUGUCUUAGCUCAGGACAAAUACUGGCAGGUGCUUAUUCAAUACUGUAUUGAGAAUGGUGCAUAUUGUGGGUGUGACAUUCCAGAGCUCCUCCCACAGGACAUUUCCACCAAUCAUAUACAAAAAGAUAAUGAAUCUGGGAAGUCAGAAGUUCAGACCUAGCCAAUUAAAGUAGAAGGAUAUUAUUUUAUGACAAUACAGAGUAGGCCUGAGUAUCGCAAGCUAUCUAACGAUAUGAUACAUAUCACGAUAUGGUCUUGUGAUACAACAUGUAUCAUGAUAAAGCUGUUAAUAGUUGAAUUAAAUGAUAUCUUUAAUUAUUCUUGCUUGUUAACCUCCGCAGUUAAAGAAAAUAUAAAAAAAAAUAUCUUGAGACCCAUAAUCAAAGUUAUUUAUAGAUGGGCAUAUAGUCUUAGCAUUAUAUUUUUUCAUUGUUACCUUGUUUUCAAUCAUUUUGUAACAUUAAAAUUUUCGGUUUU